AUGGAAGCAGACAAUCUUACUUUGCUUGGACAAGAGGGCAGUGAAGACCCAAAGGAUAAAAUCUUGCUUGUGCACCACACUGCUAUAGAGGAAAGAGAGGAAGAUGAAGGCCAGAAGAAACAUUUAAAGGAGGUGUCUUCUGGGGAAGAUAUGACCAUCUCAGCAACGGUGUUACCAACAGACACGUCCUCCACCCAGCAGUCUUCAGCGGAUGUGUGUCCCCAUGAUGUCUUGUAUGUCACUGACCUCAUCACCUUUUCUUCCCGCUUCUGUGGCACAAAUUCACCAUUGAAGAAGGACAUGGCUUUUGGGUCUUCUCUGAAGAUGGUAGAGGUCAUUGUGGAGCUGAUCACAACCACCGAUCGUGGGCGAGGCUUUGCGAUGCUGUUUGAGUACAAGAAUGAUACAGACUCGAUUGCCAUGAAUGAUUCAACGGAGGGGAGAGAGAAUAUCAUGAUGCUGGUCAUCAUAACAGGGAUUCUUUUCUUUGCACUUGUUCUGUUGUCCACGCUUUGUAUUGCUUGCAGGCAGCAGCUGUGUCCCAAAAGGAACUCUCUGGAUGUACGCUGUGACCAGGAGAACGGGAUCCAGAAUGCCGGCAUUGAUAUCAAUGAGCUCCGCUUGGUCAUGCCAACCCAAGAGAACGAAAACAACAACCACUCUGUUGGGGGAAAUGGAGCGGGAGCUCUGCCAUGGUCCCUGUUCCCUGCCGAGCAGCUACAGGCUGCACUGGCUAAUCUGAAGACGAGGAGGCAGCAGCUGUGUCCCAAAAGGAACUCUCUGGAUGUACGCUGUGACCAGGAGAACGGGAUCCAGAAUGCCGGCAUUGAUAUCAAUGAGCUCCGCUUGGUCAUGCCAACCCAAGAGAACGAAAACAACAACCACUCUGUUGGGGGAAAUGGAGCGGUCACUUCCUGUGAUGGCAGCACCGAACGUUCCCCACCACAAACCGACCCGGAUGUGCCCUCGUCAAUGUCGGCAGUGACCACAGAGUCUGGAAGUGAUGAGGUGUUUAUAAUUUCAGCUGGCCCUGGAGCUAGUGGCUUGAGUUUUACUUCUUACAGAAUCCAGGACAAGAGCCUAAAGAGAAGCAUCACAAGUCCAGGCUCUGUUUCUGACUGGCGGACGACUGAUCAAACCGACCGAGGCACAGGCACUGCGGAGAAAAGGCUGGCCCAGACCGAGAGCCACUGCCCCAGGCAACGGACCUGGAGCGCACGAGCAUUUCAGGAUUUACUGGCUCCGUUACCUCAACUACAGAAGAAAUGGUGCAGCUGGACGACCAACAGCCCUUUCACAAAACUGGUGAACAACAGUGGCUUUUCUACAUCAACAAGAAAUCCAGCUGCAGCGACAAGAAAGAUAACGUCAGCAGCAGAGAUAGAGGGGAUGUUGGAGCUGGCUUACUCAGACUCAUCGGCCAGCACUGCGUCCUACCCGCUGACGCAUUCGGCACAAAAGCAGCGCAAGUUAAGCAGCUGUAACUUGAAGAGAUCCCGCUUUGGAAACCCUUAUUUCGGAUUUUUGACAAGCUCCCCUGACUGUAACCGUCCAAGGACAUCUGAUCCCUCAAAGCCUUUGAAUGUCAGAUCUCCAGGCAAUGGCCAAAGCCAGGGAUUGAAAGAGCCUCUGGAAGGUCCCAUCCAACUCAGAAGCAAUGGUUCAAAAUCCAAGGAGCUGUCUUUGGAAAUGGACAAACCCAAAGCCGUUUUUGUUAUUUCGGAAGAAGGGGAUGACCAACAGCCGUUGGUUUUAGCAGAGCAUGUUAAUCCAUACGCCGAUGCUUUACCUGAACCAAAUGUCGUCAUGCACAAUCUAGGGAUGGCCAUGAAGGAUGAGCAGCCGGUGGGCACAACUGUUCAAGGAGAAGGCUUUGCUGAGUCCCCCAGCGCCAGGACAGAAUUUGAUCUUUGGGGGGAGUACCCCAGCAUGUACAAAGAUUCCUCCAAGGGCUGCAAAGUUUAUAAGGAACAAAACAACUACAUGCCGGUUACGGAACCCGAAGACACUCAUCAGACUUUCGAUUCCUUAGCAUCGCACAUGCUGUGUCAAGCUUCAGUUCAGUAACUCUUCCAAACGCAGUAUCCAAACUGACAGUGAAUGUUCAAACUUGCACAAAUUGGAAGCAAUAAAGACGAUAAAUGUUUCUUUAAAGAUGCAACGGAAGCCGGUCUGUGCAUAAAGGUGGGAAGAAGGCUUAGGCAGCCAAGACUCUGUUAUGGCCAUAGAUCAUGGGAAUGUGUGUGCCCUUGUACAUUGCCAACUGUCCUACUGAGUGACUGGGGCGAGAUCCUACUGCAUAGAGCUCUCUACGUCAGCUUACUGAGAACUUCUAAAGGCCACCCAACUGGUUCCCAUGAUAAAGAAUCCAGGCUUCUUUACAGUGGGGUUUGAGCCAUGGCGGUACCACCUUUUUGGAUGGCCCUAGCAGGAGGA